AUGAGGACGCAGGAGCUGUGCUUGGGGCGGGGCCUGGCGUGUAUUCGAAAGGAAGGCGCCGGCUGCGGGAAAAUGGCGGCUCAGCCGUUGCGGCAUCGCUCACGUUGUGCAACGCCGCCCCGGGGGAACUUUUGUGGUAGCACUGAGAGGGCGAUCGACCAAGCUUCUUUUACGACCUCCAUGGAGUGGGAUACGCAGGUGGUGAAGGGGUCCUCGCCGCUUGGCCCCGCAGGGCUGGGGGCUGAGGAGCCAGCCGCCGGCCCGCAGCUGCCGUCUUGGCUGCAGCCUGAGAGGUGCGCUGUGUUCCAGUGCGCACAGUGCCACGCAGUGCUCGCCGACUCGGUGCACCUCGCCUGGGACCUGUCGCGGUCCCUCGGGGCCGUGGUCUUCUCCAGAGUUACAAAUAACGUCGUUUUGGAAGCGCCCUUCCUAGUUGGCAUUGAAGGUUCACUCAAAGGCAGUACUUACAACCUUUUAUUCUGUGGUUCUUGUGGGAUUCCCGUUGGUUUCCAUCUGUAUUCUACCCAUGCUGCCCUGGCUGCCUUGAGAGGUCACUUCUGCCUUUCCAGUGACAAAAUGGUGUGCUAUCUCUUAAAAACAAAAGCCAUAGUAAAUGCAUCAGAGAUGGAUAUUCAAAAUGUUCCUCUAUCAGAAAAGAUUGCAGAGCUGAAAGAGAAGAUAGUGCUAACGCACAAUCGCUUGAAAUCACUAAUGAAGAUUCUGAGUGAAGUGACUCCUGACCAGUCCAAGCCAGAAAACUGAUCCUGUACCAAAGCUUGAGUGUCAGGUUCAGGCUUUAUUGCUGUCUUCAACAACAGGUGCUGCUUAGUCAUUUCUUGAAAAAGAUUGGCUUCAAGAAUGGAGGGGAAAUGCAGUUUCUAUUUACCUUUAGGCUGAUUUUCCAAAUUAUUUGUGAAGCUGUUUUUAGAAGAUGAGAGACUAAGGAUUCUUCUCUUUUAUAGCUAUUUGCCUUAAGAACUUACUUUAGAUUCUUAUUGAAUUCAUAAUACUUAUCUCUGAAAAUGUCUUUGACUGUAAAUUUAGGAAUUAAGAUGCAGAGUCUCAUGUGUCCUCUGAUCUAAAGUUGCAUGGUUGGUCUGAAAAUAGAGUUGGGCUUAAUGUUGACUUCUAUUACUCCUGCAUGGAGCAGUUGUUAUGAAUACUAAUAAAUCACUUUUUAACUUCUGUAAAAUACAGAUCAUAAUAUUCUAUAGGUAAUGUUUAAUAAAUUGCCUGAAUAAUAUACAAUUUGUCUCUUUUUCAGUUGUAAACUGAGGUUAACAGAGAAAUAAUGAAAGCAAUGAUAAAACGAAACAGUUACCAAAGUACUAUUUUCUAUAAUUUUGUUUUAUGUAGCACUUUGAGUAACUUAUCAAAAUAUUAAUUUAAUAUAUAUAUUUGUAAAGUGUUAGACUAGGUGCUGGGGAUAAAAGGUAAGCAAAAAUAGACACACUAUCCUUAGAAUUUAUAAUCUAGUCAGAGAGGGACAUUCAAAUAAUCACAUAAAGAUAUGUAAAAUUACAGGCCUGGCGCGGUGGCUCACAUCUGUAAUUCCAGAUUUUUGGAGGCCGAGGCAGUGGAUCACUUGAGAUCAGGAGUUCAAGACCAGCCUCGCCAACGUGGUGAAACCUCGUCUCUACUAAAAAUACAAAAAUUAGCCAGGCAUGGUGGUGCGCACCUGUAAUCCCAGCUACUCAGGAACCUGAGGCAGAAGAAUUGCUUGAACCCAGCAGGUAGAGGCUGCCGUCAGCCGAGAUCGUGCCACUGCACUCCAGCCUGGGCGACAGAGUGAAACUCCAUCUAAAAAAAAAAAAAAUAUAUGUAAAAUUAUGACGCUAGUAAGGGUUUUGAAGUAAAGGAACACAGGGAUACACGCACAUAAAGCAGGUAACUGACCUGGUCUGGGUUUCUGGGAAAGAAACCCUCUGUGUAGAAGUGAAGUUUCAGCGGUGGUCUGAAAGAUGAAUAGGAAUUAAUAAGGUGAUGGAGGGAUGACCUUUAUGAGGUCCUUAAAAGAAGGCCUGCCUAAUCAAAUUUACUUUUUCAGAAUGUCACUGUGGUUGUCCUAUGGAAAACAGGUGGGAAGGGCAGCAAGCAGACCACUAAGGAGAGCCUUUGGCACUAGCACAAUCAAGAAAUUACAUAUCCAAGUGGUGGAGGAUAGAAAAGCUAACUUGGCUGGGAUGUAGCUAGCAGAAUUUUUUUUUUUUUUCUUCCCGAGAUGGAGUCUUGCUCUGUCGCCCAGGCUGGCGUGCAGUGGCCUGAUCUCUGCGACUGCCAUCUCCCGAGUGUUGAAGCGAUUCUCCUGUCUCAGCCUCCUGAGUAGCUGGGAUUACAGGUGCAUGCCACCACGCCCGGCUAAUUUUUUGUGUUUUAGUAGAGACGGGGUUUCACCGUGUUGCCCAGGGUGGUCUCGAACUCCUGAGCUCAGGCAAAUCCACCCGCCUUGGCCUCCCAAACUGCUAGGAUAACAGGCAUGAGCUACUGCGACUGGCCUGCUUAUGCUUUUUUUGAGGGGAGGGUGGUGAGACAGGGUCUCACUCUGUCACCCAGGCCUGAGUGCAGAGGUGUGAACAUGGCCCACUGCAGCCUUGACUUCCUGGUCUCAAGUGAUCCUCCCAACUGUAUCCUGAAUAGCUGGCACCACAGGUUUGUGUCACCACGCCUGGCUAAUUUAAAAAAAAAAAAAAAAUUGUAGAGACAAGGCCUCACUGUGGGCUCAAACUGGGCUCAAGGGAUCCUCACUUCAGCCUUCUGAAGUGUUGGAAUUACAGUGGUGAGCCAUUGUGCUAGGUCUGAUUAUGCGUAGAGUUGCAAAAAUUUGGUCCUAUAAGCAAGGUUGAUGCUUUCUGGCAAAAACCAGCACAAUAAAAGCUUUUACUUUUUAAAGAAUAAGACCUAACAUAGGCCAGGUGCAGUGGCUCACGCCUGUAAUCCCAGCACUUUGGGAGGCCGAGGCGGUUGGAUCACGAGGUCAGGAGUUCCAGACCAGCCUGCCCAACAUAGUGAAACCCCGUCUCUACUAAAAAUACAGAAAUUAGCUGAGCAUGUGGCGUGCGUCUGUAGUCCCACUACUCGGGAGGCUGAGGCAGGAGAAUUGCUUGAACCUGGGAGGCAGAAGUUGUGGGGAGCCAAGAUCAUGCCACUGCAUGCCAGCCUGGGUGACAGAGCAAGACGCCGUCUCAAAAAAAAAAAGACCUAAUAAAUACCACAUUGAGUCACCCUUGGUUGCUCUGGGUGACAGAGCAAGACUCCGUCUCUAAAUAAAUAAAUAAAUAAAUAAAUAAAUAAAUAAAAUUAAAUGCUUGAACUUUAUGUCAAAUUAAACUGGCUAGCUUUAAAUAGAUUUUUUUCAGAUUACAUGCUCACUCUAGAAAAAAGAGAUGUGUGACAAAAUAUAGAGUGAAAGUAUACUUCUUCCUUUUCUAUUUUUUGAGAAGCACAAUAUAGCAUCCUGGUAAGUGAGCAGGCUCUGGAACCAAACUGGAUUGAAACUGUGGCUUGGGUACUUACUAGCCAUGAACUGGAACAAUUUAUCUGUUUUAAGUUCCUUCUAUGUAAAAUAGGGAUAAAAACUAUAGUAAUUAGAGCUGUAGUGAGCAUUAAAUGAGUUAAUUAAUGCAUCUAAUGUAAUUAGAGCAGUGCUUAUCACAUAGUUGGUGCUCAAUGAAUACUAUUAUUAAACUCCAUGUAUGUGGAUACACACAUAGAGACACAAAAUAAAGGCAAUUACAUAUAUGUUAGAAAAAGUAUUCCAAAACUCCUUAUGGCUGUAAAAGCAACAUUACAUAUUGAGGUUUGAAUGGCUGCCUGUUCCACUGUACAACACACUGGAAACUGCUACAGCUAGGUCUCAAGUAACCUGGUCCUUUGUUCUUUAACAUCUGAAGAGUACUUUGGCACAGGUCUUUGGAAAGGCUCCUUCUCCCAUCAUCAGUAUGUACUGCAUUAUUUAAAAUUACCCAUUUCAAGUAACGACACACAAUGAGAUUUCAGUGCAUUCUCAGCCCAUGCUGCUUUAUUGCUAAAAUAUAUAUAUACACAGGUGCAGAGUUUCCAACUUUAACAGUUCCUUUUUACAUCAAAGAAUUAAAUUUCUUCAAAAACCCCAAAGAUGCAUAGAUUAAGAAGCAAGCUGCCUUUUGUAAUACUUAAAAUAAUAUUCAGUGAAACUCUUAACGUCAUACACCAAUGGUGCAAUGGAGAAUAUGGAGGACAGCAAGUAAACACAGUGAGCAACUCUUAUUCUUACAAGGCAGUAAGUAAAGUAUAAUGUGAAGGACAGUCUAAGAUAAUCUUUCUGGUUAUAAGAAAUGGGUCGGUUUUAUGAUAAGUGCCAAGACUGUUACUGUUUAAGGAUUGAUGAUAAUGUAUUACCAGAAUACCUUUCUUAUCCCUGGGAGAAAAUAUUUUUUCACUGAUGGAAUGACAUAUCACCAAGGGAGAAAAAAACCUGAAUACUGUCAGUAACUAAGAUACCUAUUCUAACUUUAAAGAAGAUUUAGGACUUCAUGGAGAAAUCUGUGAUGUUUGGUUUCCCAAAAUUAAGUAUUUUAAUGUGCCUUAGUGGAAUAAUCGGAGGAAUUUAGAGAAACUCUGUACUUAAUCUUUACUGGCUGACAGACAUGCUAUCAAGUAAUUGGGGAAGACAAACUAUAUUCAGGAUAUGACAUCUCACUUCAUAUAUUUGAAUGGAAACCAAACAUCACAGUCACAGGAAGUCUAAUUCAAUUCUGAACCACUCAAAAGUUACCAUUCCACUUUAUUCAUUCCCAAAGUUAUUUGUAGCAAAAUCCUACAGGAAAGAAUGAAAUAAAAAGUUUUCAAAAAAUUUUUUUCAAUCAUAGAAUGUAAAACCUUGAAUGUGCCUUGUGAAAAUCAUUUAGUCUAAUCUUGAAUUCUAUUUAGGCUUGUUUCAGACAUCAUGAAUGCCAUUUUUACGUCAUUUGUCACAAUCACUUGUACUUAUAUAAGGGUUAUUUUUAAAGUCAGGAAUUUUCUCAAGGAAAAUUUUAAGCUACUACAGGCCAGGUGCAGUGGCUCACACCUGUAAUCCCAGCACUUUGGAAGGCUAAGAGGGGGGCGGAUCACGUAAGGCCAGGAGUUAAAGACCAGCCUGGCCAACAUGGCGAAACCCCAUCUCUACUAAAAAUACAAAAAUUAGCUGAGGGUGGUGGUGCAUGUCUGUAAUCCCAGCUACUCGAGAGGUGGAGGUUGCAGUGAGCUGAGAUCACAUUGCUUCACUCCAGCCUGGGUGACAGAGUGAGACUGUUUAAAAAAAAAAAAUUUUUUUUAAGCUACUGCAAUAAAUUUGUUUAUUCAUCAAAUAAAAUAAAUAGCAAGGAUUUUCUUCUAUUGGAAAAAAUAGAUAGCAAGGAUUUUCUUCUAGUGGAAAAAGUUUCUCCUGUUUAACCUGGCAUUAAAAGCUUUAGUCAAGAAAUUGUAGUCUGGCCAAACCCAUCAAGGAUAAAACUUUGGCUAUAAAAUUUGUUUAAACUGUUUUUUUAUGCAAUAAAAUAACAAACUAACCACAGAUCUGUCAGUAUUUUCAGGACUAUUCUACAAAAAGGAAGUCUCCCUUAUCGCAGGGGUACUUUAUAGUUGGUCAUUGGUAGUUGGUACCAUUAUCAUCCACAACAUGUGCCUAGUCAUCUGAAAAUCCUGAAAUAGUGGAAAUAUGUGCAUCCUGACUCUUUUCAACUCAAAUCCCAGUUUUAAAAGACCUAAAACUUUGUCUACAUAAACCAUAUCAUAAACAAACCCCACAUCCAUAUCUAGUUAUUUUACAUACUCCAUACUGGCAUUCCCUACUUUCCUACUCUUUCUGAAACUCUGCACCUUUCUGAUUAUUAUAGCCAUAGCAGCUAGUUUUAUUCAGCAUGCUUAGUUUGUGUCUUUUGUUUUCAAACAUGCUUGGGGACUAAUGGAACCAGGCAAGUGGUUAGAGGGUGGGCACUGCUACGCCCUAGUCCUGACAGUUUGAAUGUCUUGUGGUUGCCCCCGUUUAUCUUCUACUUCCCAUUUUCAAUGGAAGUAAGAAAAAUUCUUUAUUAAAACAUGAAAGUAAUCUGAAUAUAUUCAAGCUAUUGGUCUUAGUCUCUAUUGCUUCAUUAUUAACAAAUGCAUAUAUAAAAUAACUAGUAACCACAACACUGGACAUUUCGAGUCAUGCAUUAGAAUGUUCGUACUCUAAAACCAGAGUUAAGGUCCUGUCACUAUUGCUUGCACUUUCAAUCAGACCCAGUUUGAGUUUAAUAAGCAUGCAAAAUAAAUUCCUUGAUUCAGAGGAAUUAGGGGAAAUAACAAGGAUCCAUGCAAGUUUCAACUCAAAAGUUGGGUUAAUAAUUGCUUAGAAAUGCAGGUAGAAGCUCCACAUCUAUCACAAUGCUGCUUCAGAAAAGGGAUAGGAGUCAUACACAAAAAUGUUAAAAUUAGGACCACUAGUCAGUUUUAAAAGGCUUAUAUGCAAAUCCUGGUCCAUCUGAGUAGAGAAUGAUGUACAAAUUCUGGGAAAAGAAAGAGAAUUGAGGGAUGUAGAGUCUUAAGGAACUGUUAAUUUUCUUGGCGAUUUACUGACAACUAUAACAGGAGAGCAUAGGUGGUUUAGGAGGAUGGUUAAGAUGCUCUUAGGCAGAAUGGUUUCUUUUCUGAUUCAUGCUAAUGAGCAUUACCUGCAUAGCUCCCUGGGGAAAAAAAUGAUAACGAGCAGGGCUAAUACAAUGUAAACUCAAGCUAUCAAUACCCUGAAAUUUAGCACAGCCCUCUGCUUUUUAAAACUGUUCGCCAAGGGAUCCUUCCAAAUAGGAUAUAAUAGCCAAGCAAUGUUCAUUAAUAAACUAAAGCAAUCUGCUUGAACCAACAGCACCAUGAGAAUGUAAACUCCUGGAGGCCAAGAGUCUUCAUCUUUUUGCAUAUCACAGAUACAAGAAGAGUAAACAUGAGACCACAGUAACUUUGAAAAGUAAUUAACUGUAUACUUUCAAGACUAGGAAAAACUUGUAGUAUAUUUUAGCAUUUAGAUGUAUUAACAUGGCUGUUAAGAGUAAUCUUUAAUUGUUCCAAGUAACUGAACUGCUGACAUCAUUGUACUACGUAGCGCUGUCCCCAGAUAGUGCAGAUGUCUGAAUAUUGCUUGGUUAUUCCAAUGUCUCUAAGACCAACUGACAGCAUAGGACAUUUAAAGAGGAGCUAUAAUCAACUUAACAUAGCCUUUUCCCUGUGUGUUAGUUGUCAUGUAAGAAUUAAAUAUUAAAGAGGCACUAUUUCUUAGAUCUACAUCACUUCGUUUUUUCCCUGGAAAAACAAAGACCCAGUCUUUUCAGGGAUAGUCAAGGUGCUAAAAGGCCAAGAUAGACAUCAGGUGAAAGGGAGUGAAGUCACCCUAGUUCCACUAUUAUAUUCUGAUGUGAGCUGUGUGGUUCCUCAGAUCAAGAAACUAGUUUGCUGGGUUCUCAUUGAUAAAGAAUAAGCAGUCACAGGCCAUAGGACACAUCUAUAUUAGACAAGGUUUCACAUCUCGCCCACCGAAACAUAUUCACUGGCUAUUACUUUCAGUUCUUCUGCUUUGCAUCUUUAAAUCCUAACUCCCUAAUCAUAAGCAUCUGAGAAAUCCGGCUUAUCCAUGUUCUUGGGAGUUUUUUUAAAACAUUAAACUCACAAACUUCUCUCCCUUUAAAAAAAAUGUACCCAGGAAACCAGUGGAGAAAGAUGAGGAGACAAAGCAGAAAGUAUACCAUUCUACAAAAUAAAUGCCUGUUGCUAAAACAUCGUAAGCAAAAAACCCAUAGAGCGGCUUCAGUGGGGCUGUAGUACAUUUGUUUCCAGGUUAAGCACUAUAAAGGUUUAAUUUCAACAGCUCUAACCCUCUGAUUUAGGAAACAAACAGGGUCUUUAACCUUUAACUUACAAAAAAGAUUAUUUCUCACAUAAAGAUAAAUUCAUAUACAUUCAUACUGUUCUAAAAGAAAGUACCUUUCAUAUGGUCUUCAUCCAGAACAUUUUUUCCUUUUGUGCAUUUUUUGUUUGUUUGUUUGAGGUGGAGUCUUACUGUCACCAGGCUGGAGUACAGUGGUGUGAUCUCAGCUCACUGCAACCUCCGCCUCCCAGGUUUAAGUGAUUCUCCUGCCUCAGCCUCCCCAGUAGCUAGCUGGGAUUACAGGCAUGUGCCACCAUGCCCAGCUAAGUUUUGUAUUUUUAGUAGAGAUGGCAUUUCACCAUGUUGGCCAGGAUGGUCCUGAUCUCUUGACCUUGUGAUCCGCCCACCUUGGCCUCCCAAAGUGCUGGGAUUAUAGGCGUGAGCCACCGCACCUGGCCUUUGUGCAACUCUUGGUUGCAGAGCCCCACAAACUCAAGUAGUAUCACUUAUUCUAUUGUACAACCUUGCUAAUGCAAAUUACUAUACAUGCACAAACUUAUUGCUACUAAAAUUCUACCUCUUGAAAAUUACUAUGCAUUUUAUGGCUUUUUCUUUUUCAACAGGAAAUAUCCUUUCCUAUAUAUUGUGCUAUUCUGUAUUCACUACCUUUUCAGGUUUUUUUUUUUUUUUUUUUUUUUUUAAGUUAAAUGCUUUUCAGUAAUGGAUUCUCCCAGGCACUAAACUACUUAAGCCAGGAGUAUAACUACUUCAAAUACACUAUGAGAAUCUAAACUUGGGUCUCUGGAGAUCUGCUGCCAGAGUCUACUUGUUCUAACCUGUGUAUGCACAAGAUACACCACAUUAUAAUAGUUUUGCAUUUGCUAUCAUACAUUAGUUAUGUAGAAUCUGUGUCAGCAAAUGCUGGACUCUCCCUAAUACUGAAAUUUUAAAAUCACCUCAGAAAACUGCCACUUCUGAGUUCUCAAGGCAGCUUUUAGAGGUAGGAAUUCCUUCUCUACAGAAAGCUAUCUUAUUCUUUCAGAACAAAACAACUGUUUUAUUUCCACAAGUAAAGUAGAUAAAAGUGAAAGCUGUCUGAGGCUUACUAUACCCAAGAGAAAAAGUCUACUUACUACGUAGCAACCUAGGUAGGUGCCACCCAGCUACAUUUCCAGUUCUCAUGAAAAGGUCUGAAAAUCCCAUCAACAGACAAUUCAGCACACUUGGAAAUAGGAAGAGCCCUAACAAAUAAUUGAAUACUCCAAAUUACUGAGUGUUUGCACACAGCAUGCUGCAAACAGGAAAUGUAAAUGGUCUGGAGAUUAGAAAAGCACUCACUGAAGCAAUUAACAGCAUCUCCGUAAGACAUGCAAAAUGUAAUUUCUUGACAUACAAGGAGUAGGAAAAUAAUGAACCUAAAAGACAUGCCAUGUUAAGACAUGAAAAGAGCAGGCCAGGUGGAUUACUUGAGGUCAGGAGUUUGAGACCAGCCUGGCCAACACGGCAAAACCCCGUCUCUACUAAAAAUACAAAAAUUAGCUGGGCGUGGUGGUACGUGCCUGUAGUCCCAGCUACUCGGGAGGCUGGGGCACGAGAAUCACUUGAACCCAAGAGGCAGAGGUUACAGUGAGCAAAGAUUGUGCCACUGCACUCCAGCCUGGGUGACAGAGUGAAACUCUAUCUCCCCCCACCCCAAAAAAAGAGCAAAGCAGAAUAAUUAAAUGCGGUCUCAUUUUGACUUGAGGUUUCAUAAGACACAAAGACAGCUGGUUUCCAGAUACCUUAUGGAAAGCUGAAAUGUCCUCAAACAUAGUAUCUCAGAUUUUGACCCCACAUUUCUAUUCAUAAAUGAGUCUUUUGGGCCUUAAUCUCUUUUCCCCAGGAAGAAUAUAACAGAUUUAGACAUUAUGGAAAAAGAAAAGGUUUAGAUUUUCCACUCUUUUUACACUAUUUGUUAUUAUCAAUAAUUCAUCCUGAAGUUUAAAAUCACUAGACUCAUGCACUAACCCCUAACAUGGCACUACAAUAUGCUACCAAGCACUAAUGCUUACAAAACUAUACACAUCUCAAAAUGGAAGACAUUGGUGAUUUUGUUGUUCUUAAACAACUUGUAACAUUUGUCCACAAGUAUUAAAAUAUACAUAUAUAUAUAUAUAUUUCUAUUGCACAUAUCCCGGUUUUAACUUUUCAAAAGAAAAACUGCCAGCUAACAUGGAUGAGCAAGGGAAAGGAAGGAAGCAUGGCUACAAAUCGACGUAUAGUCCUGCCUAAAAUUAUAGCUUUUCCUAUCAAGGGGACCAAAAUAGACAAGAAAAAAAUGUAGAUGUGUUAAGUAAACACUGGGCAACUACAGCUGGAAUAUAUCCAUUUUGUUAAAUGCAUCUGGUCUGAAGCAUGGAAGAUACAAUUUCAAGAGCAUUAAACACUGGUUCUCUCAACUGUAUAUAAAGCAUAUAGAGACGCUGAGUCUGACAGCUAUUCAAACAAGUGGGCCAGAGCUGGUUUCAAUGGUGCCAAAAGUACAGGUCCUCUACCCGCUGCCAAAUGAUCCUACCAAAAAAGAUGCCAGAAGUACACAGAGAAGAUGGGUUUAACAGACACCUGGAAGGUGUCUCCAUUCUCCAUGAUAUGACAUUUUCAACAUACUAGUGGAACCCAUAUAUGUAGGCUCCAUUCUGUCUUGAACAGUUCCAAAAUAUUAAAGAAAAACAUCAGGAAGUUGGUAGAUUACUUAAGAGAAAAAUUUGAGUUACUUUUAACCAAAGUGAUUUCUAUUAUGCUUUUAUCACUCAGUAGCUGCCCUCAAAAAAAGAAAUAUUUUAUAUAUAAUAUGUAAUUAUUUUACUGAAAGUAUUUCUUACCCAUUUCAAAUGGGCUGAUUGACCAAUCUCACUAAUAAUAAGAGUGCUCACCAUUUCCCAUUUUAGGCCAUUUUUAUCACUCUCAAAUUUUGGUGAAUCUUCCCUAAGUUCCCAGCAUCACAGCAUUCAUGGACCUGAGUAAACAUUCCGGAAAACACAGAGAUGUUCCAAUACUCUGUUCUUAAUUUCAUCUAAUUAGUUUUAAAAUUUAUUCUCUACUCACAAGAAGCAUAAAUAAAGGUUUCACUCUUAUAUAAAGACCUGACAAUACAUACAAUGGUCCUCUACUGAUUUGGAAGCAAAGACAGUUUUCUACGACAGUCUGUUCUUUAUAACGUAUAACUGUUGUGGGAAAAAAGACAAUCCAUUUCUUAUUGUAAUUAUUUUUCUUAUUUGAGGUUUCUUUUCCACGAUGACCCAACCACAAGUUUGGGAACAUUGCUUCUGAGGCCCAUUCUCUGAUGAGAAAGUUCAGUCCCAACUGGGGAAAGUACCUGAGUCCCAGCCUUUUCAGCCUAGAAAUCAGGCUGAGCGUGGUGGUGCGUGCCUGUAAUCCUAGCUACUUGGGAGGCUGAGGCAGGAGAAUCGCUUGAACCCGGGUGGGAGAGACUGCAGUGAGCAGAAAUCAUGCAUCACUCCAGCCUGGGCAACAGAGAGAGACUGCCUCAAAAAAUAAAUAAAUAAAUAAAUAAAAAUCAAACAUCCAAGUAUCGACCUUGGGUUGCAGGAAGAGUUAAUCUUAUGCGUUUAUAAAAAAAAAAAACUAUAUAAUGUGAAACACCAUAAAGUCAGAUGGCACUGCAUGAGGGAUUUUUCCUUUUUCUUAAGGAAAAGGAGUUACAUGGAAAAUUCUCUCAUCCUCCCCCCUCUGCCCCCAACUCCUCUAUGUCCAAAGUUUUUUUUAUUUUUCUGAGACAGAGUCUCA